GUGCGGCACUUCGUGGGCCUCCGGUGCCCACCAGGAAAUGCGCUGCCAAGUGGUUCUGACACAUCAUUUGGUGCUUCGGGCGAUGUCUCUGCAGUCGAAUGGAUUGGUGACAAGUCCGUGCAGGAGAUGAGGUUGCGUUUCCUCGGCGAGGCCGAUGUGGAGAGCACCGAGGAGAAUGAGUCAAAGUGGAAACGGCUGGACCUCUUCGAAGGGGAAUACCUUCGACUACUUCGAGGUCGGACGCAUGAUCUGGCAAAGCCCUCAUGGCUGAUGUGGGUCACAAACUUUGGCCGUUGCCUAUCACUCGGAGGCCCUGUUGCCAAUCCAGUGCCAACGUUCUCCUUCGCGUGCUCAGAAGGUCACGAAAUUAUUGGCACCUCGAUGGGCCCAGGUGGCGAAAUAAUUGGCAUAGAGCAGCGGUCACUUCCCAGGUCUCGCCAGAUUAACAAG